AUGGUGCGACUGACAAAGGGGUCCGCAAAAACUUCACAGCCUCCAAAUGUUGCUCCGAAGAAGGCUGGACGAAAGAAGGGAUCCGCUGUCCCGAAGACAGCUCUGGCAGAUGUUCAGAAGUGUAAGCAACAUGGAAUAGACACUCACCUUCAGGCAAACAAUACAAGGACCAACUACGCUGGGCACGUCCGACGCGGGCGGGAAUGGCUGGCGAGCCACUUCGACAAUUUGAGCAGGUCUGCUACAAGCACCGACAACGUGUCCAAAGACUCACCAGCACUUAGUAUGCUGCCACUGCCUGCUGGUGUCGCAACAGAUGCAGAUGAUGACAUAUAUGAUGAUCCUGCAUUCAAGGACGUGUUCGAUAGCAUACCAAACGGAUGCUCCGACAAAGCAUUGGCACUCUUUAUGUCUCUGAAAGGGUUCCACGAGAACUUGAGUAAGACAACUGUUGAGAGCAUCCGUUCGGCAUUUAAGAAGCUGUGGGAGCUAUCAGAUGGUGACAGAUUCCGUGGUAAAUGGCACUUCAACGAGGCCAAGCAGUGCUGGGAGGGAAAUCCCGCUGAUUCAGCGGAUGUCUAUGAUGUGCUGUCAUCGGUCAAGCACAAAGCAAGUGCGGAGGGUGGAGAUCGGACUCACUCAAUGGCAAUGACAAAAGACUACAUGAAUCAGACACUUCGAUGGCAUCAGGCCACGUGUCCACUCGAGAUCGCGCUGCAGAUGAUUUGGAAGGUAAUGAGUGGCACUCAGCCUUCAGAUGUGCAUCUAGACCUAGAAACAAGAUCACGACUCACCCGUCAUCUCGAACAAGUCACAUUCGAAGCCAACGCAUGGACACUGUGGACGAGGUGCGAACUGCCGAGUUUGCUAAAAACGUACCUCACAGGCAAGACACUGGCACUAAGUGAGUGCCAGUCUCACUUCAAGAUCUUCCUCUCGAACCGUAAAGGGUGGCAACGGAAGGUCGACAAGGGCCAGUGGGAAGCAGAUUUAAGAUCAAAUCACUACAAGAUCUAUCCACGCCCAGACAUCCUGGCCUGCGACAACUUUUUUUGGACGUUGGUCUGGAUCAAAUGGCUGGAGCACUUUCACUAUGGACACUCACUUCAACCCAACGAUUUCAUCUUUCCCGCAAUGGGUGCCAGCGGGGUGGUACAGCCUGGCCAACCGAUAUCUCAUGAUACAGUACAAAAGUGGAUCAACGAGGCUACAACAGGCGCUGGCAUUCUCAGCAACUUCUCAACCCACUGCUUUCGUCGUGGGGGUGCACAGUACUGGUUUAUGUUUGCUCCCGUGGGUCAGCGGUGGACACUCGCCAAAGUUAGGUGGUGGGGUGGAUGGGCCGAAGGCGAGCAUCGCGACACACUCGUUCGUUACCUACUCGAUGAAUUACAUGCCUACGAGAAUGACUACAGUGAUGCCCUUGCCCCCAUCUCCCGUGGUGCUAACACCUCCCUCGCUGGUGAACAAGCUCUCAUGAGACCGGCGCUGCCUGCACCAUCACAUUGGUUAGUGUGCGCAGUGAGUUGUGAACUGAUCCGAUGUGCCUCCGAGUCUCACACACCACGGCCAACUCCACCAUACACCCCAUCCCGCGAAGGAGGACACCUCACAGCCACACACCGCCCUUCACCCAGAGCUGUCACCAGCCAGAGCAGCAUCCUCGCUUCGCAACGACCUGCCGCUACUAAAACUACCCCACCAUCCAAGAACACCACCUCCCAAUCCCUCCCUACCGCUGGCCUUGUAAUUCCCCGUGUGCCUGUCACUCGUCCAAACGGCACAACCAGCCCGAAGAGUAAGUCCUGGAAGGAGAUCGUCGAGCAUUGGCUCGUCGGCGACCCAGACAGGGGAUUGAGGACGCCACUCAAAGAUUGGCCGAAGGAGUGGUACCAAGGCGCCAAUCGACGAUUCGCGUCGAAGUACCAUCAAAGGGCAACCAUCGCGCUGGAAUUCAUCAAUGAGUACGAGUCUAACGAGUCGCGUUUCCUCGCAGCAUAUCCAGAGGCCGAAAUGGGACACACACAGUUGCUGAAGGCCAUCAACGAGGCACGCGCUGCCCUCGUGCAGCGCGUCUCUCGCAAAAAGUGA